UGCGGCUUUGCUGUAUCGAAUGCGACACAAUCUGUAAAGCGAACGAACUUUUCCUUGAAAAAACUAACGAUAAAUAGACGCUUUUCGGUGACUUGUUGUGAUUUUUGCUGUGAUAUUUUUGUUCAAGUUGUAUUAAAGUACAUUUUGUUUAAGUUUACUGGCUUGACUGUGUCAUAAGAUUUAUAAGUGUUGUGUAACACUUUUACUGGUUUAUCUUAGUGCCAAAUGACGUAACCCUACAAUGAAGGAGUCGGAUCUAAAAAUACCCACCCGCAAUGUCCUCACGGGAGCCGUGGUCAACUGGGAAGAUGACGAGCUGGCUGGCUUGGGAGACACGCCGGAGAACCUCACGCUGGCGUGGAAAGACCUCUCGGUUUACCGGAAGAAGAAAUACCAGAGUAGUAUGUGGAGGUCUGCGACAUAUGAAGAAGUCAAAGUUUUACAUGGAGUGAGCGGCGUUGUAUCGUCUGGCAACUUGGUCGCUCUAAUGGGUUCGAGUGGCGCCGGAAAGACCACACUCUUGGCAGCGAUCAGUCGGCGAGACAAAAGCGCAAUGUCCGGCUACCUCAUGCUGAACGGAAGAUUAGCGGGGGCUGAUCUCAUUGCAAGGAUCUCAGGCUUUUUACCGCAAGAGGACCUUUCUAUUGGAGACUUAACAGUUGCAGAACAUAUGGAGUUCAUGGCUCGACUGAUGAUGGACAAAAGGGCGACUGCAAUAGUUCGUUCGAAGCGAAUACAACAACUGCUGGGCGAUUUAGGGGUAGUCAGCUGCACCCAGACCAAACUGAAAGCACUCUCGGGAGGGGAGAGGAAGCGAGUCGCUCUUGCUGUUCAGCUCCUCAACGACCCACCGAUCUUAUUCUGCGAUGAGCCCACCACUGGGCUGGACAGUUCAGCUGCAAGUGCAGUGGUUUCCCGACUUAGGAGAUUGGCGAUCGGCGGUAAACUAGUGAUUUGCUCAGUCCACCAACCGGCAUCCGGUGUCUUCGAGCUGUUCCACCAAGUCGUGCUAUUGGCGAAUGGACGAAUAGCCUUCCACGGGACCAUUGAACAGGCUGACCAGUUUUUUGCAUCCCUCAACUACAAAUGUCCUGUGGGCUUUAAUGCAGCGGAGUACUACGUAACUCUACUCGGUGUAGACACAGAGAAUGAGAUGGACAGUAGAGAGAGGAUCAGGCGUAUAUGCAACGAGUACCAGAGAUCACACAUCGCAGCGGCAAUUGACAGCAGAGUGGGUGAUGUUAAAGAUGAGAUGGAGUAUUUUAAUGGAGAUACAGAUGAGAAGAACGUAUACUUCGAACGAUAUUUAACACUAGUCAAAGUGAACUACUUCGUCCAAUUUUAUUGGCUUAUGUGGAGAAAUAUACUGUCAAUAAAGCACAAUAAAUCAAUAUGGAUAGCUGAAUUUUUGCUUCUCAUGUUUGUCGGGUUUGUAAUCUCGAUCCCCUACCACGGGCACUUCGAGGAGCUGGAUCAACGUGACAUCCAAAACGCCGAAGGACUUCUCUACCUCAUGAUAACGGAGACCAUUUUCCUGUUCAUCUACGCAGUUUUCAUCACAUUCCCCAGCGAAGUGCCCGUAUUGUUGCGAGAAACGGCAAGCGGGUUGUAUUCACCCCUGCCUUACUAUUUGUCGAAAAUGAUAUUCUGGAUACCACGAGCAGUCAUCGAACCAGUUCUAUUCGUGACCCUCGUAUUCAACGUCGCCGGUCUUCAAGGUGGCUUUAUGAACUGGCUGGGAAUGUGUUUCGUCUGCAUACUCUGCGCUAACUUCGCCAAUGCAUAUGGUUCAUUCCUGUCAGCAGUGUUCGACAAAAUGGAGACAGCAGCACUAGUCUCCGUUCCAUACGACCUGAUAGGAACGAUGUUCUCCGGAAUCUAUCUGAACUUGGCGAGCGCUUCGCCAUAUGUGUCGUGGCUCAAAUACGUAUCGGCUUUCUACUACGGCGUCGAGACGAUAUCAAUAAUCCAAUGGGAAUCAAUUGACACUAUUAACUGCGUCAACAUAAAGGGAAUGCCGUGUAUCAAAACUGGGGCAGAUGUCCUUAGAAGAUUUGGGUAUGUGGAAGAUAAUUUCUGGAGGAACUGUAUAUGUAUGACGGUUAUGUACUUUGUGGCGCAUCUAAUAGCGUUCAUUAUGGUCGUGAAGAGGAGUAGGGGCACGCCCGUGUAUUAGGUUCAAAUUGUAUUGAUAAGUAUUUAUUGUGUUCACUAACAUGUAAUAUCAUUAUGUCUCACACUCGUUGUUCACAAACAUUACUAUGAAGCUUCACAGUGUUUUCGAACGCACUGGGUUGGUUUCAGUAGUUUAUUAUUGUGAGAUAAGGCAUGUACCCAGCAAUGGGGCAGUAAUGGUUUGAGUAUUUAACUUAAAGCAUAUUUUACUAAAAAGUCCGCGAAAACAAGAUAAAUCUGUAUUGUGCAAUUUAUAAUUAUUUUAUCUUUAUAUACAACGCUAAACAGAUCUUCCAAAAUGUAUUUUCUACGCAAUCUUCAUUCCGACCGAAGCAUCCUCAAGGUAUGUUUACUUUACAAUAAACAAUUGAAUAGAAUAUAAUAUAAUUGUAUUGUUCACUGUUUAUACAUAGAAAGGUCUAGAAAAGCAUUCAAAACAGUAUAACCCACAGCCGGGCGUACAGUUAUAGUUUAAAAAAUCUAAGUAUAAUCACAAUGUAGAAUCAAUGUUAAAAAUAUAUAUUGCUAAAUUACGUAACGGAGCAAAACGUGCGUAGAGAAUAAAUUCACGAAGAUCUGUGAAGUGAAGGGUUUGUUUUACUAAAAGAUGCAAUUGAGCAAUUUGAUGGCAUAUACAUUAUAGCCCUUAUUCUUUUUCACAUUCAACAGAUUUGACACAUUCGUAACUGCAAUUGUUGACGUCAUAUUAUACAGAUUUUGCUUGUAGUUAAGUUUAACGUUGUGAAUUAUUCGCGCAUUGUUACGAAUCACCAUAUCAGUGUCAUACAUUCCGUGAUCGUCUUGUUAUAUCGUAAGUUGAAAAUGUUUCUUGAUACAGUCCACAUUAAAGGUAUUCGCAUACAAUAUCGACCGUAAACCGACUCUAAUCAAAUUAGUGCGUGGAAAAGUAAGCAUUAUGACGUGUGGCAUUAGGUAAGUUUUUAUAAAAAUUGUGAAAAUGGUCGCCCCCGACUGGACCACCUGCGUAAUUUCUAACCAUCUUCAGCUCUCUUCACAUUCGUUCACAACGCGUUGUCAGUUCGUUGAAACUGCUUUAACCGAGCGCUGACGUGGUAGGAGUGACCGUCCGACCGAUGCUUAGCUAUCGACUGCAGCCCUAGUACAAGUUUUGCUCACUCGCAAUCGACGAGUCGUUUUCGCAUAUCAAACUGUAUACCGUCAAAGUAAAAUGGGAUUUUAUAUCACUCUUUUAGAGUCGCAACUCUUGUACAUUAUCUGAGGUGUAUUUUACAAACCCAAAAAAUCUAAGGGAUAGGGCCAAAAGCCCUGGAUUAAUAACUGUAGGCAAAUCUGAACUUUAAUUUCUUAUGAAUAAAAUCCAUUUUACUGUGUUAUUAAGGGAUUGGAUAACGUGCGAACAAAUCUUGUGCUAGGGGUAUUGGUUGAAGAAGUGGUAUCCACUUAUUGAAGACUCGUGGCCCACUUUUCCACGGCAGGACUAUGGUCUAGUAAACCACUAUAUGACAGUGAAUUGAACCGGUGUUCAAACGGUUUUGAAACGCUAUUGAGUAGAUAAAUGAGCGAAGGCCC